AUGGAGGUGAACAGAUUGAGAGCGGAAGAGUUGAGAUGGGAGCUGGAGGCUCGUGGCCGUAGAGCCGGCAGAACCGUACAAGAAAACCGGAAGGAACUGAGGAAGGUGUUGGCACAGGAUGUACAGUUCUGUCCAAUGGAAAGAGACACCGAGGAAGAACUGAACGAUGCCAGUCAAAUCCUGAGAAGCUUGGUGGAACAUGUUCAAGCUUUUGACGAGGAGAACACCGCGAAUGAGGAGCCACGUAUCAGGAGUAGACUCAUACACCUACAGAACCGUCUCAGCCUGGUGAGACCGACUACGAUGGAGGAACAGGCCAAGGCCGACGAGCUGUCUGAGUUAUGGAAACAAACAGACGAGAUGCUGGUGGAUGCCGUGGUCUUGGCCAAAGCAAAAGUUGCCCGGAAUGGGUUGAGGUAUGUUUCGGAAAACCCUGAGCUGGGUGAAGCAUCUCAACCGGAAAGAGAAGUAAGUCUUAUCUCCUUCGAGGAUUCUCCCAUGGAAGACCAACAAACCACCGGUGCUGACAACGGAGGCACCUUCAAGGGAGACCAAACGCAGAUUUUGCAGCAGGAAAAUAGCGAGGGAGGUUUCUCAUUGAAUUUCUUCCGGCGGUUACACAACAGGGCUUGUGAAGCUGUCCGUCGACGAUUAAACUUCACUAGUCCCUGGAGAACAGAUGAAACUUCUGGACCGCUCAUGCGAGGGAAUAGGCCGGUGGUGGCUGAGUCGACUCGGAGAAUUUCGUUCCCAUUUUUGGUACCCGAGGAUUCGAGAGAUACCGAGGAGGAUGUAGCCCACACGACGGCUACGGGAGGUCAAGCUGAUCUAGGCAGAUCAGAUAGUUUGGAGCGAGGCAGAACAGGACAGGACAACAGGACUGGAAUGGAUAGAUCAUUUAACCAGCCAGCCGUACCUGUUUAUAAGUGGAAUAUACAAUUCGAUGGAUCAACCAGCGUUAACGCAUUCCUGCAGGAGGUCGAACAUCUAGCCGAAACUCGCAAGGUUACUCGACAGUAUCUCUUCGAAUCUAUCUUCGAGUUACUACGGAAGGAUGCCAGGGAUUGGUAUAUUCCCAGGAGAGGUACAUUCAGGGGUUGGGAAGACUUCAAGGAGCAACUGCGUGAGGCUUUCCUCCCCCUCGACUACGAGGAAACGCUUCUAGAGGAAAUCAGGAAACGAACUCAGGGGGAGGACGAAAAGCUGUUGAUGUUCGUCACAAGGAUGCAGAACCUGUUCUUGAAGUUGACUACAAAGCGACCUCCUGAAGAAGAACAGGUGAAUAUGAUCAGGAAGCGUCUGUUGCCGACCCUGCAGAAAGCACUGGCUUUUCAAGAGAUCAACAAUUAUGCCCAGCUGUUGUCCAAAGGAAAGGUGUUUGAGUUGGUUCAGUGGUAUGCGGACCAAUACACUCCACCUCCAGCCCAUAAAGGUCUAAUCGAUGAUCCACACCUGGUAUAUGAAAGACCUCGCCGAAAACCUCCACAGACCUUGACCGUCGAGUUUCCACCGUCCAAGAGGCCGGAAGAAAUGAAGCCAUCGGAAAAUGUACCAAAGUCGACGCCUAAGGCCCGGAAUGAAACACCAAAGAGGGAGUCUACAUCCGUUGGAGUCAAACCUGGAGGCCCACCACCUCGUGAUGCCAAGGUCGUUCGGUUCGAAGACACCAGGCUCCGAGAACUUCAAUGCUGGCGUUGUGCAAGGCGUGAUGUCCAGGGAUUGCCGAUGUUCGGAAAACUAGAGCGGAGCUGCCCCGCGGGGAAGAGACAGUUCCGUUCCGUGGCAUCCCCAAUCAAGCAGUCAGCGUGCACGCAGGAUAACCGGCCAAUAGUCGCUGUCCACAUCGGAAAACAGUCCGUGGCAGCCCUGCUAGACACUGGUGCGUCUAAGUCCUUUUUGAGCAAAAAGGCAGCAGAGGCAUGCAGGAGGAUGAGAGUUUUUCCGUCGGAGAUCGCAGAUAUGGUGGCCACAGUGGCCGACGGAAGUUCAAUCACCGUGAAAAAGAUGUACGAGCCCAUAAUACGGUUUGGGGAGGAGGAGAUCAAAUCUCGACUUCAUUUGGUGCCCCAUCUACCGAUGGAUCUGGUUCUGGGAAUGGACCUGCUGGCUUCGCACGAUUUCAAGAUUGAUUUCCGUACCUCGCAGUGCUUCCUCAAGGGCAAGUUGCUGAAGAGAGCCGUUUCGCCGAUCUCUACGCCACACAACACGUCGAUUAGUUCUUUAGACCAUCGGGAAGAAAGCGUCCUUCAGAAGUUCCUGGAGAAAGAACUUACAGUCUUCGAACAGAUACGAGGACCGACGAAAAUGGCCCAACACGAGAUCAAGGUGAAGCCCGGGACCGAGCCUAUCAAGCAGAGAUACCGCCCAUGUAACCCCAAAAUGCAGGAGAUAAUAGACCAGGAAGUGGACCGAAUGUUGGAAGAGGACAUUAUAGAACCUUCAAAAUCACCGUGGAGCUCCUGUGUCGUUAUCGUAAAGAAGGCUAAUGGGAACCCCAGAUUCUGCAUCGACUUCAGAGCAGUAAACGAGGUCUCGGUCAAGGACGCAUACCCUUUGCCAUACAUUGCUGGGAUAUUGGACAAACUGAGGCGAGCAAAGUACAUCUCUACGUUGGAUUUGAAACAAGGAUAUUGGCAGAUUCCUCUCACGGAGGAGAGUAAGCCCAUCACUGCUUUUGCUGUGUCUGGAAGAGGUCUGUUUCAGUUCAAAGUGAUGCCGUUUGGUCUUCAUUCCGCCGGUGCGACGUUCCAGAGACUCUUGGACCGUGUCAUAGGUCCUGAGUUGGACCCAAUUGCCUUCGCAUAUCUGGACGACAUAGUGGUCUUGGGAGAAACGUUUGAGGAGCACCUGGCUAACUUAUAGUUAGUGUUUCGCCGUCUCAGAGAAGCAAACCUCAAGAUCAAUCCAGAUAAAUGUGAGUUCGUCAGGAGUUCUCUGAAAUAUUUGGGUCAUGUGAUAACCGAAGAAGGGAUUGCGACGGAUCCGGACAAGAUUGCUGCCAUAAAUUCGAUGAAGCCGCCGAAGACCGUACGAGAACUUCGCCGAUUUCUGGGAGUGGCGAGCUGGUACCGAAGAUUUGUGGAUGACUUCACAAAAAUAGUUACGCCACUCACGUUAUUGCUGAAGAAAAAGCAAAGAUGGAAGUGGGAAAUGGAGCAACAGCGAGCGUUCGAUACGCUGAAGGAGAAACUCACUGAAUCACCAGUGUUAGCCUGUCCGGAUUUCUCCCAGCCGUUUACGUUGCAGACUGAUGCAUCCGAGAGCGGGCUCGGGGCUGCCUUAACGCAGAUCCAGGAAGGACGCGAACGAGUUAUCGCCUACGCCAGCCGUACUCUAAAUGGUGCCGAAAAGAACUAUUCGGUGACCGAAAAGGAAUGCUUGGCAAUCGUAUGGGCCAUAGACAAAAUGAGGCCGUAUCUGGAAGGGUAUCAUUUUACCGUGAUCACUGAUCACAUGAGUUUGCGCUGGUUACGAUCGAUAAAAUCUCCCUCAGGCCGGAUUGCAAGGUGGUGUGUCUUUCUACAACAAUAUGAUUUUGAGAUCAAAUAUAGAAAGGGCGCCCUGAACCGAGUGGCAGAUGCCUUGUCCAGGGAUCCGUUGCCGUCAGAGGAACAGGUCUGUGUGGUCAAGAACACGACCCGAUGCCCGUGGUAUACUAGGAAAUACCAGGAGGUCUCGAAGAAGCCUGCGGAUUUUCCAGAUUACCGGAUACAGGAGGGAAGGUUAUACCGACAUUUUUGGAGCGCCGACGACUUCACGGAAACGGAGAUGGGAACACCGUGGAAACUGUGCAUCCCGAAAGAGGAUCGGCAGUUGAUACUGCGGGAGAACCAUGAUGAGCCGGUAGCUGGUCACUUGGGAAUCGCAAAGACCAUAUCUCGAGUGGCCCAAAGCUACUAUUGGCCUGGGAUGUUCCGUGAAGCAGCCCAAUACGUUCGAAGGUGCAAGCAAUGCCAGAGGUACAAGGUUUGCCAACAGAAACCCCCAGGGAAAAUGCAACCGUACCACAUCACCGAACCAUGGCAUACGGUCUACACGGAUCUAAUAGGCCCAUUACCUCGUUCCAAAAGGUAA